AUGUCUCUUCCCUUUCUCAAGUUCCCGUGGCUGAUCCAACUCGAUAUAUUAAAACAACUCGAACCCCACGAACUGUUUUUGAUGAGUGUCUGCUCGGAAAAAGUGAAGAAACUGGUCAGGAGUCUGAAUCUGAAACUCAAUAAGAUCAAAUACGCACUUCACGAGAGUGGAACUCAAGUUUUUAUCGGAUACCAAGAAUACGACCAGACAUUGGAAUAUUUCGCAGUUCUCUACUAUUAUUCAUCUAUUGACAGCAAGGAUAAAUCGAUAAAUUUAGGAGGAAACAAGAUGAGACACAGAUUCCAUAAGCGACCACCUAACUUCGCAAUGCCUUAUUACCUAUCGAUUCCGGUAUUAGAAGAUAACCGUGUUUUGAAACUUGCUCACAGACAUAUGACCGAUUUAUUCCGGUACAAACCACGUGUUCAACUUGUGAUCUGCUGUAUUGCGACUAUGUUCAAAUCUCAUGUUAUCAAGGAUGUCACUGAUAUUAGCUUCUGUUUGAAAAAGGCGGAAUUGGACACAAGAGUUCUGGAGCAAUUUUUGAUAACUCGUCCUGUUCAACAAAGUAUUCAAAUAUUAUCGAAACUUACUGGACCACCAUUUAGAAAGGAUUCGAGGAUUUGGGAGGCCAAGGGGUUAUCUAUCAAUGGAAAUGACGACAGGGCUGCUGAAAUAAUGGAGAACUUCCGUGGACAUCAUCUGAUAUUUAUUGAUGUCGAUUGGAAUUUAAAAGAUUGGGAGCAGGUGAUGAGGAAAUGGAAGAGAAGGGAAGCGUAUCAUGAUUUGAAGGCGAUCAGUGCAAGAACACCAAAUGGCGUAGAGCAUUGGUUUCGAGAAAACAUUUUGGUGGAGUUUCAGUUGAAGGAGUGGGAUGGUUUGAGACGUCCGAGAUGUCAUAUGGAGGAUCCAAACAUCAUCAACAUCCAAUCGGAUGUAGCUCAAGGGAUCGAUUGCACCAACUGGCUUGAUAUGCAACAAGAUGGAGGAGGGAAAUGGGCGUCGGUAGUUGUCACUGAGAAGUUAAUUGGAUUCGUUGUAUGGGAUUGA